GCACGCUAUACAUAACACGUCUUCUCUCUCUCAUUUCACCCUCGAGAGCCCCCUUGCGUGCAUUGGAAUUCUCUGCGCACUGUGUACCGGCGAACCAAAUUCAGCCAGGGAAGAGAAACCGUCCAUAGCGCACCGAUCUGCGCCACCAGAGGCAGCAAGCACCUUCGGACGCACAAACGUGGUGUUUGGGACCUUAAAACUCUCCCCGUCGUGUUCAACGGUUCCCGCGAAUGGGCAAGAAGAGGAAGACCUCUCGCGCGAGUAGAGAGAGCUCAGAAGAACCUCAGUUUGUCGUUGAGGUCAUCAAAGCCGCAAGGGUAACGAAAGAGGAGGAAUGGGAGUAUCGUGUGAAGUGGGCCAACUAUGACUCAUCAGAGGAUACGUGGGAACCGGCGGGAAACCUGAAUAACUGUAAACGUCUCCUGGACAGCUUUUGGGACGACAUCGGGAUAGACGACAAUGACUAUCACGAAGGGUAUACCGUACACGCAACUCCGAGUUGGAUCAAGCGGGAGAAGAAGUACUUUGCUAGGAGUUUAGACAGCGGUACUACUUCACGGGCGGAUAAGGAGGAUGAGCUUGAAGCGACUAUCGCUCGUAUCAAAGAAGGGGCAGAAGAUACCUCUCGUGUUCCACUAAUCAAGAAACAACCAUCAACGUCGAAAGGCAAGGAUGUCACAAAGUCAUCCACAGGCAAGAAGGCGGGUCGCCCGCGAAAGGUUACAGUUAUAGAGAAGCCCGAGUCGGGAGUGGACCGUGCAGAGGACUCAGAUGAUGCCCCGUUAUCCGCCAUUCCGCGCAAGCGCAAGAAGCGUGUGAAGCUAAGUAGUCCAGACUCAGAUGAGGCUGACGACGACGACGUGCCACUAGCUAAAUACAGCAAACCCAAGGCAGCCGCUUCAAAGGGAGUGGCGUCCGCUUCCUCUUCUGCACCAUCAGCCGUGAAAACUGCCCCUGUUGUUAAACUGCCAGAGCCUGCGCAGGACUCCGACCACGAGUCUGGGGGGUCUCUCUUCUCUGGACCGUCAUCUCCAGAAGCUGCACCUGCCGUACCGGAAUCUGCAAGCGCAGCUGGUGCAGAGCAGGAGAACACAACUAUUCCCAUGAAGAGGCCUUCUGUGGACGAUGUGGGCGCGAACCGCCACCGCAAACGGCAGAUCAAAGAAAUGCCCAUGGUCAUCACCGGGACCGCAGGCAACUCGACGAAAGCCCGUUUGGCCCAACGUGGGGUACAACCUGCAGCUGCCCCCGCCCCAGCCACCGCUGGCGCGGAUGGGCCCGGGACACGUCCAUUUACACAGAAGCUCGACCUGAGUUCCAUGUCCUUCAAGAAGAAGAGUGCUACUGCUGCUGCCGCGCCUUCCCCUAUACAAACAGACAGCCCAACGACACCGAUAGUACCUAUACCCAGGCGGACCUCUAUGGGUAACGCUUUCGUCCAGUCACCUGUGUCCGCCGAGCCUCCGACACCAACUGGCUCGACUGCUCCUGUCCCGAUUCCUCGUACAACCGACUUCAAGCGUCCAAUGGUCCCGAUUCCUCGGCGUACUUCGUUGCAGCUACCGCCCAAGGAUCCGACUGCAGAAGCAGAGAGCUUUUUGGCAGGAAUCAUGCCUCCAGACUUGGCAGCGCCGAUGAACGAGGACACGACGCCAGUGACACCAACCACACCUAGUGCACCUGGGCCCUUUGGCAAAACGAAGGCUCCACCGCUGCCUCGCAUCGCCAAGAAGUGGAGGUGGUCGGGCGAGAUGUUUAUGGAUGUCAGCCGUGAAAGGGCGGAGCGUGUCUGCGAGAUUUCUCUCCAUGACCCCACAGAACCCCUGCCAAACGGCCUGCGGUUCAGCAUUUGCGUCAAGGGAGACAGCCUCCGCCUUUCUGCAUUUCACGACAUCGCCUCACUCCCUGUCUUCCUGGAGGCCUGCACGCGGGUGCAACAGUUCGCCAAGGUCGCGCCUCAAGAAGACAAGGAUACGGAUGCUAUCAAACAACUUGCCAUCUACAUGAUGAAGAGGUCGCUCUUCUGCUAUGCGCAUCUCUACAUCGAGGAGACGUCGGUCGCACUGCUUGUUAUCUUCCCUUCGGGGCACCCCGAGACGAUCAAGUUCCUCAAUGUGCCUACUGGUUCGGCCGGCGAGGCGUUGUUGCAAGCAGCGCUCGUACCCUGGGAGCUGAAGGCGAAGGACUUCCAGAAACUGCAUUGGAAGAACAGGAUUUCGACUAUGGGAGUCACUCUAGAUCCCGCAUUCAUUCCGAUGCUCGACGAAGCCGGGCGCAAGGUAGUCACCCAGCGCCGCUUCUACCAGGCGCUGCACAUCCUGCAAAUUCCGAAGAGCCUGUAUGACUUCGUCGCCGCACCGAAUCACCCGUACUGCAUCUGGUAUGUGCCCGGGGAUCACUCCGGCUCUGGUCCCGGGUACGAGACCAUGCUACUCAAGGAGGUUUUGGCGACGUGCGCGUCGAAGAACGUCGGCUACAAGGCGGAUGGGCGCGUUGUGUUUGUGCACGUCGGCGCGCUGGCGACACUCUACUGUCUCCCUGCGCUGGCCGAAAGGCGCAAGUACCCAGAGUGGCGGUUUAUCACCUACGGUACACAUCCCAGCAUCCCAAGGGAGCGCUGGGGUGUGCGAGAACUGUACCCUAUAGGCGGCAUCGUAACAUUUACGCCUUCCGCGAUCAUUCAAGGCCAUUUUCGUCUGUUCCAACGCAUCAGCCAAAUUGCAGAGCAUCCGAUGUGGGAAUGCUAUGUGCUGCCCUCGGUCGUAGCCAUGGUCGCGAAGCUGUGCUGUCAAGGCGUGCAUCCACUCCAAGUCUACGACGAGGGUAACUUCGUCUACGAAGAUCUCUUAAAGGCGAUCGAAGAUGGCUCGGUGGCACUCUUGCAGGCACCCCAGUCUACUCUCGACCCACCAGCACAAGACGACUCUAACCUCCUCUGGACACGGUGCAUGAUCCGCGUCGCUGGGCUGGAUGCGCGGGGCAUCCUGGAGGAAUGUCUCAAGCUAGCGGCGGAGCAGUUCGCGAACACAUCCGAGGCCGACCUCCCGGCCGCUAUCGAGCAGGAGAUUGUGCGCGACCUGCUGCGUAUGCAGACGCAGCCGGUCAUUAUGGACAACUAUCGGCGCUUCGUUGUCUUCAGGACGAAGCAGGACGCCUACUUCGCGGACGCAAGCAAGUCCGGGAUCGAGUGUACGAGCCACGACAAGUUUGACUUCAAAGACGACUUCUUCGAAGCGUCGAACGACUCGGAGAAGAAGUGAAGCAGUCGCCGGUUGAUAUGCUCCCACAAUAUCUGUAUCUAUUGUAAUAGUGUG